GAUAGAAGUUAAGCAGGCUGUUUGGGAUUUAGAUCCAAAUAGUGCACCUGGACCAGAUGGUUAUCAUGGGAAGUUUUUCAAGAAGUACUGGGAUAUUGUGGGUAUGGAUGUGGUUAGAGCAGUUCAAGACUUCUUCCUGGGAACUCCUAUUCCUCAAGGAAUGGCUAGUGCUUUAAUUGUUCUUAUUCCUAAAUCAGAUAGGCCAUCAUCUUUCAGUGAGUUUAGACCAAUCUGUUUGUCUAACUUUGUUUGUAAAGUAUGUACCAAGGUCAUGGCUUCUAGAUUGAAAGAAAUUCUACC